UAAGCGUAAUAAAAUGAAUUCGGAGCUAAACGUGCAUAGGUAAUUGUAAUUUAUCGUUUCUGACGAUCACUAAUCGAUCGCUUUAUUAAAAAUGUCUAGUAAUUCUCUUUUAUUCUCAAUCAAUAAUGAGGGUAAGGUAUACGCUCUCUCGACGAGUGGAUCUUGUUGGAGAGAAUUUAUGUAUCUUGGCAUAGAGUUUAAAACAUUGUCAGCAGUCCCGCAUUUUUUGUGGGCAGUGGGAGGUGAUCGGCAAAUUUACCUUCACGUCCACGGUCUAGAGAUACCAAUUCGUGUAAAAGAGGAGUCCUAUGAGAACGAGAGAUGGCUUCCUUUGGAAGGGUUUUCUGGAAGACUGCUACCAACAGACAGAUAUCAUUUUUCGUCCCAGGAUGGAAGCAAAGAUAGGUCAAUAGAUUCCAUAAGGCUUCCUUCUAUGGCGUGGCAAUGGGAAGGGGACUGGCAACUGGAAUUGACAUUGGAUGGCCAACCAUUAGAUCAUGAUGGAUGGAGUUAUGCAGUUGACUUUCCAGCACAAUUUGGUCCAGUAAAGCAAUGGAAGUCUUGUGUGAGAAGAAGAAAAUGGAUUCGAUAUCGAAAAUUUAGUGCAAUGAAUUCUUGGUGUGCUAUAGCUCCUCUACACAAAGAUCCAACACAAGAACCUUUCAUUGAUGUUAAUAUUGGAGGUAAUCAAAUUCCAUAUGCCUCACCAGGCACACUUGCAGUAUGGGCUAUCACGGCUCAUGGGCGUGUCAUGUAUAGAACUGGUGUUAGUACAAGUUCUCCUGAGGGACAAAAAUGGAUCAAUGUCAGUAUUCCACCAAAUUGUGAUAUUAAGCAAAUUUCUGUAGGCCCUACAGGGCUAGUUUGGGCUUUAUUAUGGACAGGAAGGGCUAUAAUUAGAAAAGGAGUAACUAAAGAUUGUCCCUCUGGGGAAGCAUGGCUUGAAGUCAAGUCUCCUCCUGAAACAAAACUUUCUGUAAUCUCAGUUGGAGUCAAUGUUGUUUGGGCUGUAAGCACUGAUACUAGAGUAUGGUUUAGAAAAGGCAUUGAUGGAAAUUCCGCAGGCAAUUCGGAAAUAGCCGCAAUGGGCACUGGAUGGUUGGAAAUUAAUGGAAAUAUGGUUCAUGUAUCUGUAGGUAUCAAUGAUCAAGUUUUUGCUAUUGGGGAAUCCAACAAGAAUGUUUAUUGGAGAAGUGGCAUAACCCCAGCUGAGUUGACUGGUAAAAGAUGGAGAAUGGUGCAAGCUAACAUGCAAUUAAGUCGUACAUCAAGCACAGCAAGCAUUAUUUCAUCGGCCUCAAAUCCAAAACAUCAUAGCCUCACUAUGUUAACUGAAUCAAAUACAAGUGAGUUAAAGUCUAACAUUAACUUGCAUAGCUCUUGGGAAGAAUCACAUUCUGCACCCAUUGAGAAUACAUUGCCUAUUAAAUCUGCUAGAGAAUCAAGGGCCAAGAAAAAUAAUAAUGUUGAAACCAUUGACUUGAGUGGGAAAAGUUAUGAAACUACAUUAAAAAAUCCUCGCGCAUGGAGCCCUGUGCGCAGUGUAGGCUCUGUUGUUGGUAUGGAAGCACAACCAGACAGUGACAGCAGUGUAUUUGAUACUGAUUCUGGAAUGUUUUUUGAUGAUGAAGUAAGUCAAACAGCUUGGGGAACUUGUGAUACAUCCUGGGCCUUUGUGGAAGCAGGCGGCUGUUCUGUGGACACAGUUCAAGUGCCUCAUUGGUUUUCAGACUCACAAAAUGUUUUUAAUUCAGAUAUUACAGCUAAAUGGAGAUUUUCAAUAUUAGAGAGUUUAAAAAGUAGGAACAGUGUGAAUGUAGAUUUAUCUCUCUACGGUUUGGCUAUUGAAGAGAAAGGUUGGACGAGAAGCAGUGAGGCUAGGUUAGUUAAUGCUAAUAACUCCAGUGAGGACUGCAUAAUCUCUCUGUAUUGGCAUGCUACUGAAAAUACUGGCACCUUAUCUGUCUUCCAACCCGAUGGCACAAUCAAGUUUAUUCUAAAUUUAGGUGAAAUCAGCAGUAUUACUACAUGUUCAGAGCCAGGAAAUCCUAGAAUUUCUUUGGUUGUUCCAAACCAAAGUAAAGAUGUGAUUAAAAUACAAUAUAUGACUGAAAUGGAACAGGAGGAGUGGGUGAAUGUGUUAGUUGAUAUCACAUCUCAAAUACAUGGGCUGUCAGGCAGGCCUUCCAAUAACUCUGUAUGGGCAAUAACAAGUUCAGGAGAUAUACUCAAUUGGGAUCCUUUGCCAGCUAGAUUAAAUUGUGAAGAAAAUGGUAGAUAUACCAAAGAAUUUCAAGUCUUUGGAAAGAAUAUGACUUCUGGGUUUUCAACAGCACUACACAAUAAUUUCAUUCCUGGUUGCAUACUAAAAAUGUCAGGAUGUUUAUUUGAUGACAUAACAAGAUUUCACAUAAACCUACAGGGCCCUGAAGUAAAGAAGCAAAGGCAUAAAAUAGAGACUGAAGUAACUGAAAUUCCUUUUCAUUUUAAUGUCAGAUUUGAUGAAAACACAGUUGUGUGUAAUUCAAAAGUUUCUGGUAAUUGGGGAGCAGAAGAACGUCACAAACUACCCCUGGCUAAAGGUCAAGAAUUUUCCAUGAAAAUUGUAUCCGAAAUUAAAGGAUUCACUGUAGUAAUCAAUGAUGAGAAGUAUUGCUCUUAUAAGCAUAGAAUGUCACCUGAAACAAUAACUUCUGUAUUAGUUCAGGGACAGUUGAGACUUUAUGCAAUGGAAUAUUCAUCAACUAGUGUCAUAAUUGGUCCUGAUGAAAUGUUUUGGCGUAUGAUGGGAGGCUAUUUACGUAAAAUCGAGUGCAGUCAGAAUGGUUUUGUGUGGGGUAUUUCUCAUGAUCACAGGGCUUGGGUUUACACUGGUGGUUGGGGUGGUGGUAUUUUGAAAGGAAUUGGUGGAAAUGAAGCCAUCCAUGCAAUGAGUGAUACACAAACUUAUUGUGUUUAUGAAAACCAAAGAUGGAAUCCAUUGUCAGGAUAUACAUCCACUGGACUCCCCACUGACCGCUAUAUGUGGAGUGACAUAACUGGCAAACUAAAAAGAACAAGAGAACAUACCAAGCUGCUAAAUCGACAUUGGCAUUGGGUAUCAGAAUGGAUGGUGGAUUACAAUACCCCUGGAGGGGUUGAUAAUGAGGGAUGGCAAUAUGCCACGGAUUUUCCAGCUCCAUAUCACGGCAAAAAGAUCUUUACAGAUUGUGUUCGUCGGCGUCGAUGGUACAGAAAAGCUCAAAUCAACACCGAGGGUCCCUGGGUCCGUGCUGGAAAUACCGGACUACUUGAUAUUUCUAUUUGGACUAACGGAAAAGAUACUUCUGUGUGGGCGGUGACUGUUGGAGGUGACGCCAUCUACAGGACUGGAGUCACACCCACCACUCCUACAGGUGCCCAUUGGGAACAUGUGAAUAGCCCACAAGCUUUACUAGCAAUUAGCACAUGCAAUAAUAUUGUUUGGACUGUAGGACGAAAAGGAGAACUGUAUUAUAGACAAGGCGUAUCUGAAGAGAACCCUGGUGGUUCCGAUUGGAAACUAAUAGAAGCACCAAAAUGUGGUUUCACUUAUGGUCAGAAGGGGUCGGUUGGUGCAAAAGUAAUUUCUCUAACCAAAACCUCGGCUUGGGUUUUACUCACCAAUGGUACGAUUGCUGUUAGAACUGGUAUAAGUAAAGAACAACAAGAUGGUAAACAGUGGAAAUUUAUAUCAGAUUGUGAGCAAUCAUUCAAACAUGUAUCGAGUAUCGAGCGUGAGAUCUGGGCGGUGCGGUCGGACGGCGCGUUGCAACGUCGACUGGGUGUGACAGCGGAGAACCCGGCCGGCACCACCUGGCAAAUGGUGCUACCUGCUAACCUCAUAUACGUCUCGGCCAGAGGAGGAUGCUUUGCAUAGAAUUACUAGCAAAUUUAACCAUAAAACUCCCAAUGUCCUGACCCUCAUUUAUACAUAUUUUAGUCUCAAUUUUGUCAACCUGAUUUAAAGGAAUGUUGAUAUGUGUUAAUACAAGUAAGCUGCAGUGAAGUUCCAGGUUAUCAUGAUAUUCAAGAAGUAUUGCCUAUGGUUUAGAAUUUUUGGCUAUGUGAUAAAAAUUUGUAUGAGUUAAUUUUUAUAAUUUAAUGUAUUGAA